UAAAUGGACACUCCUAUUGGUAAAGAUCUGACAAAUUAAGUGAUUGGAAAGGUUUAUAAAUUAAUAAAGAGAGUGGGGAGUGGUGCUUUUGGAGAAAUUUAUUUAGUUGCUAAAGGGAAAGAAGAAUAUGCAAUGAAACUAGAAAGAAGUGAUACAAAACAUCCAUAAAUAUUUUUUGAGGCAAAGUUAUAUAAUUACUUGUAAGGAUCUGAUCCUAGUGAUAAAGGUAUUUGAAUUAUUAACUCAAAGUUAGGGAUUCCUAGAAUAUAUGCUUAAGGCCAAGACGGUGAUUAUAAUUACAUCGUCAUGGAUUUACUGGGUUAAAGUUUGGAAGAGUUGUUUAAUAAAAAUAACAAAAGACUAUCCCUGAAAACAGUAAUAAGUAAUAUGUAUAAUUUAGGUGCUUAUGUUGGGUGAUUAAAUGAUUUAACGGAUUGAAUAUAUUCAUACUAAAUAGUUUUUACAUCGUGAUAUAAAACCAGAUAACUUUUUAAUUGGUUUAGGUAAAAAAGCAACUCGUGUAUAUAUACUUGAUUUUGGAUUGGCUAAGAGAUAUUUAACAAAAGAAGGACAUAUUCCUUAUCGUGAAGGUAAAAGUUUAACUGGAACUGCUCGUUAUGCUUCUGUAAAUACGCAUUUAGGUUUGGAAUAAUCAAGAAGAGAUGAUUUAGAAUCACUUGGUUAUGUACUCAUGUAUUUACUUAGAGGUUAAUUACCUUGGUAAAAUAUGAAAGCUAAUAAUCAAAAAGAUAAAUAUUAAAGAAUUAUGGAAAAAAAACUUGAAACAUCUCCAGAUGCACUUUGCAAAGGAUUUCCUAUUGAAAUGAGUCAAUACCUUAAUUAUUGUAAGAAUUUAAAAUUUGAAGAUAAACCAGAUUAUAAUUAUUUAAGAGGUCUUUUUAAAGUAUAUAUAUUUUAAUUAAUAAUUAAGGAUGCAUUUAAGAAAAUAGGUUUUGAAUGGGAUUAUAAAUUUGAAUGGAUUAAGGAUGAGAAUCUAAUUAAAACUUAAUAAGACUUAUUAUCUGAAAAUAAAUUAAUGAUUAUGACAUAGCCAUUAUAAUAACAAUAAUAAUAAUAAGUAACAAAACCUAAUGGAAUUGAAUCUGAUAAAAAGAUUGGAAAUAAUAAUAAUCAUCAUCUUAAUUCUAAUAAUCAAUAACAAUAAUAAUAAUAAUAAUAAUAAUAAUAAUAAUAAUAAUCUGGAUAAAGAAGAACAUAAUUAUAAUAGACUAGUAAAGUUUCAUAAUAAUUGUCUGUUGAGAAAAAAAGAACCACAUCUUAAAAUAAAUAGUUUAUCUAAUCUAAGGAGUUAGUCAAGCCUGUUACUUAAGUUUUAGCACCAAAGAUUGUUACUACUAAAGAACCACCUAGAAAAUAUUGA